AUGUCGUCCUAUCUCCCUGUUCCAGUUGUCCCCCACACGUCCUGCAGGAGUCGGUGCUACGAGCCCUAUGAUGACGAGAUCCCCGGCUGCAGAUGUGACAAGAACUGUAACGCCAGCAACAGCUGUUGCUAUGACUACCAUGACAUCUGCUCUGUUCCUACCCAGCAGUGGGAGUGCACGAAGAUGCGCUGCGGAGAGAAGAGGCUGACGCAGAGCAGGUGUCACUGCUCUAAUGACUGUCUGUCUGCAGGAGACUGCUGCACAAACUAUAAACAUGUCUGCCAUGGAGAGACAGAGUGGGUGGAGGACAAGUGUGAGGACCUGUCAGCCCCCACAUGUCCAGCUGGCUUUAAGCACCAGCCUCUGCUCCUCGUCUCUCUGGAUGGACUGCGGGCUGAGUACCUGCAGACAUGGAGCACUCUCAUCCCUGUUCUGGACAAACUCAAGAAGUGUGGAACCUCUGCACCGUACAUGCAGGCAGCAUUUCCCACCAAGACUUUCCCCAAUCACUACACCAUUGUUACGGGUCUCUAUCCAGAGUCCAACGGUUUGAUUGACAACGUUAUGUACGACCCGGUGUUUAACACCACCUUCAGUCUGUCCAGUUCAGAGAAAGACAAUCCUGACUGGUACCUCGGACAGCCUAUUUGGCACACAGCAAAGGACCAGGGGCUGAAGUCUGGGACUUUCUUCUGGCCAGGAUCAGACGUCAAAAUUAAUGGAAGCUUUCCAAAUAUGUACAAACCUUACAAUGGUAAAGUGCCAUUUGAAGAAAGAGUUUUCACUGUGCUGAAGUGGCUACAGCUGCCAGAUGAUGAAAGACCAGAUUUCUACACGUUGUAUCUGGAGGAACCUGAUAAAUCUGGCCACCGCUACGGUCCUGUCAGUGGAGGGCUGAUUGAAGCGAUCCAGGGUGUGGAUAAGAUCAUUGGUCAGCUUAUGAACGGCCUCAAGCAGAUUGGCCUCCACCGUUGUCUCAACAUCAUCAUCGUGGCAGAUCAUGGUAUGGAGGAAACAAGCUGCGACAGAAAGGAGGUGAUGCAGGAGCUGGUGGGCGACAUCAGAAACUACUGGGUCACUGAGGGAUCAUUUGGACGCAUCAGAGCCAAAAACAAAGACACAGUGUUGGACUCAGCUGGACUUGUUGCUAACAUGACUUGUAGGAAGCCAGACCAAAAGAUCAAGCCUUACCUGAAAGCCAACCUGCCAAAGCGCCUCCACUUUGCCAACAGCCGUCGCAUUGAAGAUGUUAACAUCCUGGUCGAGCCAAAAUGGCUGUUUGAGAGAUAUCCAGGAUCGCUCACAUUCUGCGUUGGCGGGGCUCACGGCUAUGAUAACGAUGCGGAGAGCAUGCACGCCAUGUUUGUCAGUUAUGGACCCAAGUUCCAGUACAAAACAGAAAUUGAUGCCUUUUCCAACAUCGAGCUAUACAAUCUUAUGUGUGACGUGAUGCAGAUCUCUCCAACUGACAACAACGGAACCCACGGCAGUAUGAACCACGCCCUGAGGCAGCCCUACUACACACCAGUGCCUCCUGCAGAGCGCAGUGGGCCGGUUAAGUGUCAGCUGAUAAGCCUCGACCCUUCAGACAACCUGGGAUGCUCCUGUCCUGCCCUGAGUGGAAAUAAUAUCAACAGCCGUCUGAACCUGACAGCAGAGGAAGAGUCCGCUGCAGAGAAGAAGCACAUGCUGUUGGGUCGCCCACGGAUGCUGAAGCCUGACCAGAGUUACUGCGUCCUCCACCAGGAGGGAUUCAUCAUCGCCUACAGCCGCCAAGCCCUGAUGCCUCUGUGGAGCUCCUUCACCAUCGACAAGCCAAUGAACUUGGAUCCGUUGCCACCAGUGACAGCAGACUGUUUGAGGGCUGACGUCAGACUCCCAGCACUACAGAGUCCCAGGUGUGACCAGUACAAUGCUGCUGGGAACCUGACGAGCGCCUUCCUGUACUCACCCAAUCUGAACACGACAGUGGACCAGCAGUAUGAUGCUCUACUAAUGAGUAAUGUGGUGCCAAUGUACCCCGAGUUUAAGAAGAUCUGGGACUACUUUCACAGCACCCUAUUAAAGAAGUAUGCCUCUAUUUAUAACGGCAUUAACGUGGUGUCGGGCCCUGCUUUCGAUUACAACCACGACGGACAAUACGACACUCCACAGCAGAUCCAGCUGUUUGUGUCCGGCACGAACAUCCCAAUCCCCACACAUUACUAUGCAGUGUUGACCAGCUGCAAGAACUCUACCCUACCGGUCACCACCUGUGUUGGCGAGCUGCAGAGCGUGUCCUUCCUGCUGCCUCACAUAUCCAAUAACUCAGAAAGCUGUAAAAGUACACAGGCCGAAACUCAUUGGGUUGAAGAUCUCAUGUGGUUCCAUCAGUCACGAGUUAGAGACGUCGAGUGGAUCACAGGAUUGGACUUUUACCAGGGCAGCAAUCGAACAACCUCAGAGCUGCUGAGGAUGAAGACCCGCCCCACAGCUGCUAUUCACAGAAAACAAUGAAAUUGCUCUUUUCAAUCAAAUAAUUACCAAAAUUAAUAUUCAAUAUCUGUUAAAGUAUUGUAUUGAGUAAAUAGUCUUAAAUUGGGUUAUCACUUUGUUAACAUUGGACUGAAGAUAUUAAUUAUCCAACAGAUCGACAUUUUUUAUUUAUUAACUUUUCAAUUUAUUAUAUUCCUAUUGUUAUGAUUCUGUAUUUAAAUGGUUAUUUCAUGCAAAUCCCAAAUGAGCCGAGAUAGAACGCGUAUUUAAGACAUUUGAGAAAAACGUCUAUUUUGACGUUGCUGAACUUUUAGAGCCGUGGUGCUGCAUUACUUUAAAUACAGUAGUUGGUGAUCACACAUAGCUUUUGUUUGAGUUUGGGAAAAUAUUGGAUAUAUUUUAGGCCUUUUUGUCAGUAUAUUGUUUAAGGUAUAACAACAAACAGUGUCCACUAAAUUCAUGAUUUUUUAAAAAUACAUUUUGCAGAGCUCUGAUGAACACAAGUAACAUAAUGUACCAGUCACUCUAAAUAUCAGCCAUCACCGAUUUUGCA